AGUAUUUAUUUAUUAAAAUGUAUGUAAAUGGUAAAACUAAUAUGUAAAAAAAAGUAUUAUAAGAAGAAAAUAUUAUAUUUAAUAUUCUAAUCUAAUUUUCCAAGUAUAUUAGUGUCUUUUAAGGAUUACUUAUAUACAGAGAAAAUGGAGAUAGCAAAGGAACUUAUAUUAAUCCUCAAGCAAAAUAAUAAAUCGCAUGUUGGAUAUGGAUUACAAAAGGAAUGUGAGGCUCUUGUAGGACAUAUCUUACAAAAUAUGGUCAGAUCACAAAUGCCUCCUCUGCAUGCUGUAACAAAAAGUGAAGAAGAUUCUAUUAGAUUUAGAGAACAAGGUAAUCAACAUUUUGUAAUGGGCGAUGAUCUGGAAGCUAUAGAAUGUUACACUUUAAGCCUAGCAUAUGCUAACAAUGAUGAACUUAUGGCUUAUGCACAUGCAAAUCGAUCUGCUGCUUUAUAUAGGAAACAAUUAUAUAAAGAAUGUUUAAUUGAUAUUGAUGCAGCUUUACAUCACGGAUAUCCAAAGGAGAAACAGAAGAACUUGAAAGAAAGAGGAGAUAAAGCAAUAAUUGAAAUAAAAAAGUUGUUACAAAUAGAUUCACAGGAUACUGAUAAUCAGAAAGAUGUGGCAUGUAAUAAAUGUAUGGAAAAAUCUGAUAUUACAAAACCAAUAGAAAAUGCUGAAUACAUUGAAAACGAAACGAUAAAGAAAGAUCAUUGGAUUAAUGUUUCAAAAAAACAAAAUACGAUGACUAAUGAAAAUUAUCUCUAUUUUACAACAAGGAUUUUUCCGCAGAAACCGAGAUAUUUGCAGAACGAUGAUUUUUCCAAAUUAAUGUAUGGUCCAAGUCAAGAAGUUCCUGCCAUCAGUGAUGGUGUGGUAAUAUCUUUCUCCGAAAGAUAUGGUAGACAUUAUGUAGCAACACGGGAAUUUCAACCUGGUGACAUAAUUAGCAUCGAAGAUCCUUAUGCACAUGUUAUCUAUGAAGAACGAUAUUAUACACAUUGCCACUAUUGUCUAUCCAGAAGCUACAAUUUAAUACCAUGUGCAGAGUGUCCAAUAGCUCAAUAUUGUUCUACAAAAUGUAGAAAACUAGCAUGGGAGGUAUGCCAUGAAACAGAAUGUCCAAUUCUAAAAGUAUUAGGCAACUUACUUAAUGUGGAUAAAGAUAAAAUAAGAAUGAUUUCAAAGAUUAUUCGAUUGUUGAUUGUAGUAACAGAAAAUGGACGUAAAAUUAAAGAAUUGCAGCAGGAUAUGAAAAUCGCGGAAUCUAAUUCAGAUAGUAGAACAGCAGGCUUUACAGAUACUGCAAUACUAGACAGUUUUAGCGCACGAUCUGCGCUGAGUCUAGCAACUAAUAUGACCACAAGACCAUUAAUCGGAGUUAGUGCAUUUGCUUGUAUUUCAGCACUUGCUGUAAUUCUUUUAGCUACACAAACAAAAUUUUUCUGUAAGAAAUAUGAAAUUGAUGACUUGAAGGACAUUAGUGAAUUCUCCGAACUUAAAUUCUGUGCCAGUAUAAUGUUUCGUGCUUGUGUAAUAAUGUCUUCUAAUUGUUUUUCAAUACAACAAGAACCAGGAAUUAUAUCAGGUUCAGGUUUGUAUGUGGCUCACAGUUUAUACAAUCAUUCUUGCGCACCAAAUACUUUUCGACAUUUCGAAGGUCUCACAAUGAUCACGCGUGCUUUGACACCAAUAUGUGUCGGAGAUCAAAUAUUUACAAGCUACGGUGGUGUGUAUGCGCACAUGCCUCGAUUCGAGAGAAAGCAGAAGAUACUACAGGAUUACUUCUUCGAUUGCGAUUGUUCUGCAUGUAAAAACGAUUGGCCGAUGUAUAAUGAGAUUUUACGUAGUCACAUUGGAUCUAUUUCCAAAAAUAAGCGGCUUGUAGAAAAAUUGAAGCCUUUCAGAGAGAGAUUGCUCGCAAAUAUGUACGAUAUUGAGGCAGUAAAAGCAGUUUUAGAUAUAUUGCAUAAGGAAGUUAAUACACAUCCAUGUGAGGAGAUACUCCAUGCAGAACAAUAUUUAAAGAGCUAUUAUUUGGAUCCAUGAACUGUCAAAAAUAUGACAUAAUAUUAGACGCAAUAUAUAAAAAAAAAGCGUUUUUCUUUAGAACAUCAUGUAUAUAAAAAAUACUGUGUAAUUUAAAAAUAUAUAAAAUUCCCUUUUUAUAUGACCUAGAAUUAGUAAGAUUAUAUGCUCAAUUUUAUUUAUGUAACAUAUAAUAUUUAAAGUCCAAAUCUAAAAUCAGAUUUUUUCUAAUAAAACAUUUGUUUACAUUAUGAAUCAAAGACGCUAACACCAGGUAUGCAGGUAAUCAAUAACUUUAAUGAUAUAAUUAAACAUUUUUAAGUUCCAAGUGUUUUAUGUAAAAACUUUUAUAUCAACUGAUUGAGAUUUUAUAUAUAAUUUUGCAAAUUAUUACAUCUUAUGUAAAUACAUUCGUAAACACUGGAUUUAAACUGAGAAAA